GAAGCCUAAACCUAAUGAAAAGAUAAAAACGAGAGCGCGAGUGAUUCAAAGUUUUCACCGCCGCAGUUUGACUUGGUCCAUUUUGUCCGGGUUAAGAAGCAUGAAAAACAUGCCUAAAACAAAAUUGACAUUCAAAUGGACGCCAAUGCCGGAAAAAAAUAGAAAACUUUUGAUGGUUGCUUUAUCAUCCCAUUUUGGCAUUCAUUGA